GUACGAUGGAUCCCCGGCCACAAGGGAAUAAAUGGAAAUGAGCUAGCUGACAAGGCCGCGAAAGAGGCGGCGGAAGGAGCCCACCGGAACAGUACAAGACGACACCUACCCACCUACCUCAAGGACAAACCUCUCCCCGAUAGCGUAUCAGCGCUAAAACAAUGGCACAACGACGCGUUGAGCAAACGCUGGACCGAAUCCUGGAAGAAAUCACCCCGCUAUGCGAGAGCGAAAAUCAUUGAUCCCACCAUGCCAUCCAACAAAUUC